GCAAAACUUCAAUGGCCAAUACUACCCAAACAAUAGUUGCUUUAACAACAUAGCUAUAAGUAUGGGUGUAACCGAAUCAUGAAAGCUGUGUAACCGUGUGCCACAAAAUAGGACUUUAGACAAUCAACUGAACCAUGGGCAAAACUUUUGGUUUGAUAAACCCAUUUUCAGCCAAUAGUAUUUGUUCCGGAUAGACGUGGAACAAGAUCCCAAGUAUUAUUUGUGCAAAGGGCAACCAUCUCUCGAAGCACGGCAGCAACUCGUCCCACAUAAUUAGGUACAACCAUCUCUCGAACCAUUUGUGUCGUGUUUGAGCAAUAAGACCACAUAUGAGACAUGUAAAUUCGCACAUAGGAGAAGGUCAAGGUUUGAAGAUGUCAGUCCCAGAACGAGUCCGGGGUAGUCCGGUUGCAGCAGUCCGACAGCCUGUCGCAGCACCUACUACUAAGCUUCAACCCGUACAAGGAUGUUUUUGUCCAAUCACAAAUUAUGACUUCUAUUUAGGGAAUUUAAACAUUUUUUAAACUUUAAGUAUGUUUUAUCCCUGUACUGAGAAUCCUCUCUGUUUUCUCUCCGUGAACUGAAAUAAAGGUAGUGAACAAAAAUAUGAAUUUUUGAACUGUAGUGACUUGUACUGACUAUGACAGAUGACAGUAACUAUAGUGAUAGUGAUUAUGAUUAUAGUAAUACUUUUAUUGAUAUCAUUUCUAUUAUCUACCAUUAUAUCAAUAUCAUAAUCAUACAAGACCUUUGAAAGUACAGCAAUCCACGAGUGCGACUUUGCUCGACAAAAACUCAAAUUGGUCAACCCAUCUCAAGUGUUGUAUCGUUCUACUCAUCUCGCGGCCCUUAUACUUUAGCGCCGGACAUCCUUAAGCCUGAUAUAGCAGCUCCCGGAACAAACAUACUAGCAGCAUAUAUUUCUCCAAGUCCCACCAUAAGUGCAUACCAUUUUCUCAGCGGGACAUCAAUGGCUACUCCACAUGUGGCUGCAAUAGUUGCCCUUCUCAAAGAAGCUCACCCGGAUUGGUCUCCAACUGCCAUCAAAUCCGCCAUUGUUACUACAGGAUGGACAACUGACCCUUUUUCUGGAGAACCAAUAUUCAGUGAAGGAGUUACAGAUACUAAAUUAGCAGAUCCAUUUGACUAUGGGGGAGGACUCAUAAAUCCCAAUGCAGCUAAAAACCCUGGCCUUGUCUAUGACAUGGGAACAACUGAUUAUCUCCACUGCCUAUGUGCCAUGGGAUACAACAGCACUGCCAUUAGUCAACUUUCCGGUCAACCCAUCAAUUGCCCUGAAGGGUUUUCCAUUCUGGACGUGAACUUCCCUUCUAUAACCAUUCACAACCUUAAAGGCUCAGUCACCCUAACCAGAAUGGUGACAAACGUUGGGCCUAUAAACUCUAUAUACAAACUUAUAGUAGAACCUCCAAGGGGAAUCAGUGUUUCAGUAAAGCCAAAUGCACUGAUUUUCACUCCAGAUGUUAAGAACGUCUCUUUUACUGUGAGGAUUUCCACGAGCUAUAGGUAUAACACUGGAUAUUACUUUGGGAGCUUGACAUGGAAUGAUAGCCUCCAUAAUGUGCGAAUUCCUUUAUCUGUCAAGACUGUAAUCAGUAGUAGUAUAUGACUUGAAACUUGAGGUUCUUGCAGCCUUAUUAUCUACUUGAGCUACUAUCAAGAACUCGUAUACCUUCAAAAGUAUUUUCCAUCUAAUUAAAGUUAAUAUAUAUACAAAGCAGUAUAUAAUUCGGAUUGAUAAUACAAAAACAGAAAAGCAAUCCAAUAUACUAUCAGCCAAGCUCAUAGCCUUGUGCCACCACCUGAAUCCAUGGUAGCAUCCACAUUCACAGAUUCACUU